CUUACUGCAAAUGGACGAAAAUACGUAAAAACUAACGGCGUCCAGCUAAGGAGCACACGAUGAAGCUCUCGUCGCUUCUUUCUGUAGUUAAGAGUGGUUUCACUCCCACCGCCCAACACUUGAACCAUUUCCUCCUCUUCCUUUCUCGCUCCAAAAAAUUCAAACUCAUCAUUCACUUAGUCAAAUCAAAUCAAUUCAACGCUGACUCCAAGACCCGGAUAAUCUUCAUACAAGCACUUGCCGAAGAGAACAGAUUCGAAGAGGCACUUAAGCACUUGAAAUCGAAUAGUGCUACCCAGGUGUACAAAGAUAAACGCCUAUUUGAUUCUUUAAUUCAGGGCCUCUCUCAAACAAACCCCGGAAAGGCGCUUUCUUUACUGCAGGAUUGCUCAGGGAAAGAUGGUAUUUUGCUCUCUUCUUACACUUUUUGUUCAUUGAUUCACUCUUUCUGCACUCGGGGAAGGAUUGAUGAAGCAAUUCAAGUGUUAGAGUUAAUGGCCCAUGAGAAAAUUAAAUACCCAUUUGAUAAUUUUGUGUGCAGUUUUGUGAUUCAUGGUUUCUUGAGUGUUGGAAAGGCUGAGCUCGCUGUUGAGUUCUUUGAAAAUGCUGUGAAUUCAGGUUGUUUAAAGCCCAAUGUUAUUACUUACACAACACUUGUGAGUGCUUAUUGUAGGUUAGGUAGAAUUGAGGAGGUUUCUAAUUUGGGAAUGUAUGGAUUAGAAUUAGAUGUUGUGUUUUACAGUAAUUGGAUGUAUGGGUAUUUUAGGGAAGGAGCAAUUGAAGAGGCACUAAAAAGAUAUAAUGAGAUGGUGUGUACUAGGAGAAUUGAGUUGGAUACAAUAGGCUAUACAAUACUUAUUGAUGGGUUCUCAAAGGAGGGACAUGUGGAGAAAGCAGUUGGGUUCCUAUACAGGAUGAAAAAACAUGGUCUUCAACCUAAUUUGGUUACUCUAACAGCACUUGUAUUAGGAUUCUGCAAGAAGGGGAAAGUGCUUGAUGCGUUUGCAGUGUUUAAGAUGGUUGAGGAUUUGCAGAUUGAAGCAGAUGAGUUUGUGUAUGCAGUAUUGAUUGAUGGUGUGUGCAGGAUGGGUGACGUUGAGCGUGCGUUCAAAUUGCUCGGUGAAGUGGAGAAGAAAGGCAUAAAACCUAGUGUUGUCACAUAUAAUACCAUUAUCAAUGGAUUGUGCAAAGCUGGGAGGAUGAAUGAGGCCUAUGAUGUGUCUAAGGGAAUCCUCGGAGAUGUUAUCACGUAUAGUACAUUGUUACAUGGUUAUAUUCAAGAAGAAAAUGUCAUGGGAAUGCUAGAAACAAAAAAGAGAGUUGAAGCAGCUGAUGUUUUUCUGGAUGUUACUAUGUGCAACUUGCUUAUAAAAGCCCUAUUUAUGAUGGGAUUGUUUGAGGAUGCUCUUGCCAUAUAUAAGAAAUUAUCAGAUAUGGGCAUCACUUCCAAUUCUGUUACUUACGGUGCCAUGAUUGACGGUUACUUGAAAGUAGGAAUGAUAGAUGAGGCACUUGAAAUAUUUGAUGAAUUUCGGAAGACAUCUAUACCUUCAGCUGCAUGUUACAAUUGCACCAUUCAAGGGCUCUGUAGGAAUGGCAUGGCGGACAUAGCAAUUGAAGUAUUCGUUGAACUAAUUGAUCGAGGUUUGCCUUCAAGUACAAGGAUCUAUAUGACAUUGAUAAAAAAGAUCUUUGAAGUUAAGGGUGCUCAGGGAGUUUUAGAUUUGUUUCAGAGAUUGGAAAGAGUUAAGCAUGAAAAUUUUGGUUCAAUGUGUGAAGAUGCUCUUUCUUUCCUGUGCAACAAAGGAUUAUUACAGGCUGCAGUCAAUCUGCUAAUUGUGAUCCAAAGUAAUGGUUUUGUUCUAAGCAAGAAAUCCUACCAUCUUUUAAUGAAAUCUCUUCUGUAUGGUGGCCAAACCUUUUUGACUGGACUUCUUUUGACAACAUUCCUAAAAAAGUAUGGGAUUUUUGAGCACAGGGCAAAGAAGAUGCUUGUGUACUUCCUUUGCAUUAAAAAUGUAGAAACUGCACUUCGGUUUCUUACUAUAGUGAAAGGCGACACAUCUGAGGUGACCUUUUCUGCUGUAGUUUUGCGGACACUGACAAGAGGUGGACGAUAUCUGGAUGCGUAUAACCUUGUUAUGGGAGCGAGAGAUAAACUACCUCUCAUGGAUGUCGUUGACUACUCAAUUGUUAUUGACGGCCUUUGCAAAGGAGGAAAUAUUGACAGGGCAUUAGAUCUCUGUAAUUUUGCCAAGAAUAAGGGAAUUUCUUUCAAUAUUGUAACCUAUAACUCAGUUAUCAAUGGGUUGUGUCGUCAAGGGUGCAUGGUUGAGGCUUUUCGGUUAUUUGAUUCUUUAGAAAGGAAUGAUAUAGUUCCUUCAGAAAUCACGUAUAGUAUACUCAUUGAUGCUUUGUCAAAAGAAGGUCUUUUAGCCGAUGCUAGGAGGUUGUUUGAGGAAAUGUUCCUGAAGAAUCUUAGACCGAGUAAUCGUAUAUACAAUUCAUUAAUCGAUGGAUGCAGCAAGUUAGGUCAAAUCCAGGAAACUUUGAAGCUUCUCCUUGAUUUACAAGCUAAAGGCCUCACACCAGAUGAAUUCACUGUCAGUGCAGUACUUAACAGCUAUUGUCAGAAGGGUGACAUGGAGGAAGCUCUUGGGUUCUUUUCUGAGUUCAAAAUGAAAGGCAUACUACCUGAUUUCUUGGGUUUCAUGUACUUGGUGAGAGGCUUAUGUGAUAAAGGAAGGAUGGAAGAAUCCCGAUGCAUUUUGAGAGAGAUGCUUCAAUCAAAAUCUGUCAUUGAUCUUCUUGGCAGAGUUGAAAUCCAAAUCGAGACAGAGUCUAUUAGAAGUUUUCUUUCUCUAUUGUGUGAGCGAGGAAGCAUACAAGAGGCAGUUACUAUUCUGAAUGAAGUGGUAUCCAUGUUUUUCCCUGCUAGAAGGGGGUGUGGAGCUUGGAAUUUAUUAGGAAAAAUCGAAGAGCCUUAUAAUGGGGGAGAGAUGGAUAUAGACUCAAGAUCACGUCAGAGUUGGAUGCCUGAGAAGGCAUCAAACAACCGUCAUGACCAAGACACUCAAAUAGCCCAGUUGCUCGACUUCAAUUCUUACUAUUCCUGUAUUGCUUUAUUGUGUUCAAAAGGGGAGUGUGAUAAGGCUAAUGAAGUGGCUAAAGUUAUUACUGGUUUCACAUAGAACAUGAUUGUCUUUUCAACAAUAUUAGCUAGCUUCUUUGUCAAUGGUUUGAGAACAAAGAACCAUACAAGAGCUAUCUUAGGAGGAAAACGAAUUAAAGUAAGUAAAAGUAAGUUGGAAGCUUUUGUGAACCUCUGGAUUCCUCCUUUACACCAAGAAGAGCAAAUUUCAGAGGCUAAACCUAUGUGCUUAAAAACUUUGCACGAUGGACUUAGUAGCAUUCUUUCUGAAGCAGAAGCUCAGGGGAAUUUGGACAUUCUUGCAAAGUCCAUUUGAGACUUGGUGGCAUUUUUAUCUGCAUUUUUGCAGACUACAUGAAAGAGAAAAUGUCUCAUUGUCACUCCUCGUGUUAUUGCGGAGGUCGCAAGCUCCAUCACGGGAAUGCUGUAACAAGGAAUGCUGGAUUUCUGAUUGUUAUUCCGGAAAUGGAUGGAAUUUGCAAUUUAGAAGUCAUUUUGAUGAUUGGGAGAUUGAAGAUGUUAACCUUUUGCCUCAAAAGUUGAGUUCAGUGGUCAUAAUAGAAGAAAGGGAGGACUCAGUACAGUGGACAGCCAGUAGAGAUGAGAAGUUCUCUGUUAUAUCCUGUUAUAAAAUGUUGCAAGUUCAAGGAGACAUAGUAGAUGAACAAUGGCCAGCUAAAAUAAUCUGGAAGAUCAAAGUGGGUUUGCGAUGCAUGCAUCUCUGAUUGAGUAGUAGAAUAUUAAUCUCUUUGCUGUGGUUAGAAGAGCUCCUCAUGAAUUCAAAAUCGCUUGCUUAUAGGCUCUCUGGGAAUAACAAUGUAGCAAAUUCUUGAGGGCAAGGAGCAUAGCAUCUAAAUUACCGGCUGUGCAGAAGAUGUAAUUACUAAUUUUAGCUAUGGAUGAACAGCUUUCUUCCCUUCUGAUAGGAAUCCUAUCCCUUCUAUGCUGGUUUUGGCAACAGAGAAACAGAUAAGAUCAGCUACCUCAAGGUUGGAAUAACCUAAAGGAAAUAUCUUCACCGUCAACCCAAAGGGUCAAACUGUCGUAAAUUGCUACAUAGAUACAAAAUCAUAUACCUCUCUUCGUAGUAUUGUCGAUGGCACAUUUCCAGCCAUUUCCUCAUGUGAGCAGGUUUUAUUUUUCCAUUUUUUUGUAUUGGAUGGAUGAUUUUUGGCUAUUUAGCACGUGAUAGAGUAAGCUAGAGGUUUGUGAUUUCUUGUGCUUCAUUUUUUUUCCAUCUGCAAUGAGAUACAGGGUGUAAUUAGAUUUCUUGAAGUGGAGUAUAAGAGUCACUUAAACCACUUAAACCAUCAUGUUCACUUUAACAACUAACCAUUUUUGUCUAUUUUGUCAUCAA